AGUAACUUCCGGAUGGUGCAUCAACUUCAAUUUCAGUUCAUCCAUUGCGAUUAGGUACCAUUGUCGAUUUCCAGGAGAGAUUUACUGUAUGAAAGGAAAAGGAGUCUAUUGGCUGCUAUUUUUCCCACGUCAAUACAAGAUACCACGGUAAAAUAUCGCAACAUAAUGAUUAUUGUCUUCAUCGUCGAUACUUCACCAUCGAUGGGGAAAACUCUCGUCGAUGGUUCCAGCGAUCGUGUUAACGGAAAUGUCAAUAGCAUGUCGAGAUUAGAUCUCGCAAAAAUGGCCGUGGAAGAGCUGACUCGACGUCUAAAAAAACGGGUACACGAACAUAAUUCCCACCUGCAACAAUUGCCUCCGAAACUCCAGGAGUCUUUUCGAAACAUCGGCCUGGGAUUCACUCAGAAGGAUGAUUAUUUACUCCUUUCGACUGCAGCACAACACACAACGAAGCCUGGCGUAGCAAUUUGCGGAGCGGGGGGCAGAUUGUUAGUGGGAUUCGGUGCCGAUCAUUACGCAGGAAAUAAUAAUCUGAUGGCAGGAGACAACGCCCAUGGCUCUGGCGGCAACAGCGGGAACUCAGCAGUUSACCCACCAGCGGCAUCGACGUUGCAGCAUCAGCAUCACAAUGGAAUCGAUAGCUUUCAGAGAGAGCUAAAGCGACUAAAAGCGACAGAAUGGACACCAUCACCAGCGGGAUCCAAUCAAAGACCAAAAAAAUUUCCGGAGGACGGAGGUGGGGCAAUAGGGCUAAACGCGGCUUUGUCGGCAGGCCUACAAAUGAUGUCUAGAUAUCGCUUAAAAUUCAAAGCUACCGAAAAUUUUGGCAUGGGAAGGUUGCCUUCUUCAGCAAUAUUGAAUCCUGCGGUAGGCGGAGCAUCUACGCACGCGUUGCAACCAGCGUGCUUGAUCAUGAUAACGGACGGCGCGUGUUUACGGGCGUCGCCAUCAGAAGGUGGAGGCACCCUCAAAGUUAAUUCGUCGACACUACUACGAGAUUUUUAUCAAGAACCCUUCCGAUGGGAUCAGCGCAUAUUUUGCUUAGGAGUGGGAGGCAGAGAAUCCACUUCACCUACUCAGUCUAUACAUCCCCAUCUGCGAGCUCUAUGUGAGGUGACCGGUGGAAGCUGCAUGAUGUUGCGGUCGUCGACGUCAGGAAGUGGUUCAGUUUCCAAUGUUUCUGAUUUGUUGGUCAACCUCAUAGCUCCUAAACUUCCAAAACAAUUGCCAGUGCCGGACCCCGUCUCGUUAMUACCCCACACACAGGAACAUCCGAAGCAGAAUACAUUGAACACGUUCGAUGGUGGUAAAUUUGUAAACGGCGGCCCAGUGGUGACUUUUCAAUCAUUAGAACCAGAUGUAAAUACAGGGAAAGCAGGAACCAAACACAAAGCUGGGAUUUUUUACGUACCAAUAAGCCACGGCGACACAUCAAUGUCGUCGGUACCAGUGUCUGGGCGUUCAUUCGGGGACGAUAUUCCUAUGUUUCAACAACCAGUUUGGUGCAUCCCAGAAUCCUUUUUUCCCACCAAAAAGCUGGACACAUUACCACCCCGACCAGCUCAACCAUCCUUAUUGUUUUCGAGAUUUCCAUCGCGACUUGGAUCCAAAUGCUUCGAACCGUCUUCUGUAAUGAAAGCAUUGACCCGGCUUGAUCAGCUCGUUGUGGCAAAUCUCAAGUAUCUAUCACCUUCUGGAAACUUCGCCAAUCAUCAGGCACGAUUCUUAAAGCGGGAUGUUUAUAUUUGUGAAUGGAUUUCACUGGAGGGGAAAGGCGCCCACGGGCCCACCCACUCCAAUAAUUUGGAGCACUAUCCAGUCCUUGUGGCAGGAGCAGGGAGACCCACUCUCAGUGAUGGGGAGGGAAACUUUUUAUCUAUCGGAAUCUUGCACGUGCCGUCUCGAAUACAAAUGAUGGGUUCUUCUUCUUCCACAGCCCAAUUUUCAACACUCACUCUCCUGCCACCAGAGCCUCAUAUUUUACUUCCCCUGCUUGUUAGGGCUGCAGAGGCGGAACACCGUGCCCUGAAAAAGAAUGUUUUGAUGAAUGAAAAUAAUAAAGAGUCUGCACCGAGCGGUUUAGUACAAAAACAAGCUACCGCAGUAUCUCGAACAGUUCAUCUGGACGAAAAUUGGAGAAACGAAUUCAGAGCCUAUCUCUUUCGAUUGCCACCUUACUAUCAAAAUGCACUGAAACGAAGCCUUCGAAAUGUYUUGCCUUUCAGUGCGCACUCACUCUUGAAUAAUGAUUCCAAUGAAGGGGUACUCGUGUCACAGUGUUUUUCUAAAAUCUGUUUGCAAAAAAUCCGAAAUGCAGAGCAAAUGGCCAAAGUCACUAAUGAGAGACUAGAGCGUCAAGAGGUGGAGCUCCGAAGAAGAGGAGUGUCCACCUUUGACGUACCAAGCCGCACCGAUCACCAUUUACAACAACAACAUCAACAACAACAACAAUCGUCCAGAGGAAAUAUAGCAAUAGAGAGUCCAAAAAAUGUCAUACCAACGAUCAAAUAUGGUCGGUAUGACCCUAGAUGUCCUGUAGAAAGUUAUCUUGCAGCGUUGCGACAAAUGCCAGCUCCCUGGAGAAUACCAUCAGCAACGAAUUCUACAACGUCUUCAACCGUAAGAGAUGGUGAGAUUGCUGCUGAGACUAAUAAAUUGAGUGAGAACGCGAUGGAUGCGCUUGGUGAUUUACCUAGUAGCUGUCUCAUGGCAUAUUAUGAAUCAAGAAGGAGAUGGAUUUUUGGUGGGUCUGGAGUGUCGGUGCGAGGGCUGCAUGUUGAAGGCGUGAACAACGACGGUAGCAAUGCACAGCGCUGUUUGGCGAGACAAGAUAAGUCCAAGGAAUCCUUGCUUUCAUUUGCAGGAGUUGGUGUGUCUGAAUUGAAUGCAACAACUACAUCCAAAAUGGGGGAUUAUAGAGAACGACUAUUGUGGUCACGCGCACCGGUUGUCGGUUAUGGUUCAAACGAUGCAACCGGGGUGUCAGCUACCACUUCACAAAAUGGUGCUCCUGUUUGGUCYGUCGAUGACGAUGCGAUGCCAAUUGCAUUUUUCGACGAGAGGACAGGAAGUUUCGUUGACUCCGUUCAAAAUCGUAUACGGUCGAGACUAUUCGUCAAUUUCGGAAAUCGUAAGACAAGAAAUAAGAAAGAAUACUGUGGACUAAGGCGUUUCGAUUUCUAACGUAUCUCCAUGUUUGUUCUUCGUUUCCUUAGCAUACAAGGACAAACGGGCAAAUUCUUUAAUUCCUGAACAAUUUCUUAGCCAACGGCCUAAAAAAGGGGUUGAAGAAGACCAUCCUGGAGGACCUUUGACCCCUCCCACUUCGCCUCCACAUGACACAUUUUCUGAGUCAGAGGGUGAAGGGGAAGCUGUGUUCGCCGGAAAGCCCAUCUCGAAAAGCAGUCCACGGAAAUCUGCUUCGAGGAGUGAAGAGAUAUAUGAUGAUAAACCACAAACGAAAAGGCAGAAAAUUUCCUCGGAAAAGCUGCCAGGGAAACAAACUGAUACCAGAUCAGCGGGGAUACCUCAGGUACGUACGAAAACUGAUAGGACUAAGGAUGAAAAACAAACCACAGCGCCUCCGCAUCCACCUCCUCCCCCCCCUCCCCCUCGUCGUCAAUCUUCGGCCAAUCCACCGCCGCCGCCACCUAAAGGACCUCCGUCGAAGAAAGUCCCUCGACCACCUCCUCCGCCACCGCCAUCUGGGACUUCGAAUUUGAAACGACCGCCUCCUCCUCCAAAUCAAGGGAUAUCUAGUUUGCCGAAACCUCCUCCACCAACAAAAUCAGCAGCACCGCCACCUCCAGCCAAGCCAUCACAACAGACGAGGCGCCCCCCUCCCGCACAAGAAACUAGCCUGGAUUUGCAAACACCUGAUGUCAAACCAAAUGUAAACUUACCGCCUGGUUGGAUGUGUGUUUGGUCCAAGAGUCAAAAACGUUGGUACUUCUUUAAUACUCAAACUAACAAGAGUGUGUGGCAGUGGCCUCCACCUUAAAUAGCAGACAUACAUGAUAUGGGCUCACAAGAAUCCUAAUUUCAAGGCUGAACUA